AAUCACUCCAUUGUUAUUAAAUAGGGUGAACAUUUUAAUUGCUGGUCAUAUUUAUUCAGGUGUUUUGUGCUUGAAGAUUGUUUUGCUAUUUUGUCUUUGUUUUAUACUUUAUUUAUUUCUUUUGUUCGGCAUAGUGAAAAUGUGAUUAUUCAUAAUUUCAUACCUUAAUUAGACUUGGGAUAUGAACCAUCAACCAAAAAUACUCUUUAAAAAGUCAAAUAAAGUUUGGGGAUGUAACUGAAGGCUGUGAGUUCGUAUGGGGGGCGGGAUGGAGUGUUUUUCGGGAAGAUUAAGAGUAGAGUGUUUAACCCAUCAAAUUUGGGCCGGCCCAAGCCCGCCCAUUGGCUAAUAAUUUAUAUCAAGAUCCUGGCGGGAUCCUUAUUUGUUCAUCCGCAGAAGAGCAUAGAAGGUUCAUCAAUGGAGAGGCUGAGUAAAGAGGGUCAAUCCAGUGGUGGGGUAGCCGCGGUGGCCGCGGCGGAGGCUGUAGUGAUAGGGGGUAUGGUGUUGGAUAUAAAUUGCAGUCCUGCGGUUCCUGCUAAUCCCGGGACAACCACUCCUGGAAAGAUUAUCUAUACAUUAGGUGGUGUUGCAAGGAAUAUAGCUGAAUGCAUGUCAAAGCUUGGAGCAAAGCCAAACCUAAUAAGUGCUGUGGGAGUUGACAUGGCAGGAAAUUUGCUAUUGGAACACUGGAAAUCUGCAGGGUUAUCUAUCGAAGGUAUUCGUAGACAUCAUAUUAUUGAGACUGCGACAGUUUGUCACAUAUAUGAUAGUAAAGGAGAAGUGGCAGCAGGUGUUGCUAACGUUGAGGCCGUUGAGAAAUUUCUUACGACCACGUGGAUACAUAACUUCAAAUACAGUAUUCUGUCUGCCCCAGUUUUGCUGCUAGAUGCAAACUUGAAUCCUUCUGUUCUGCAAGCAUCUUGUCGAAUUGCAGCUGAAGGUAACACUCCAGUGUGGUUUGAGCCCGUCUCGGUGUUGAAAUCUAGAAGAAUAGCUUCAAUUGUCAAUUAUAUUACAUUUGCAUCACCCAAUGAGGAUGAACUCAUAGCCAUGGGAAAUGCAGUGUCAGGGGCUGAUGUAUUCCAUCCCUUGGAAAAAUCUAAUGGCUGCCUAAAGCUAUCCUUAGAAGCUAUGUUUCAAAGGCUAAAACCUGCAAUUUCAGUCCUCCUGGACAAAGGCGUCAAAGUAUUAAUCGUGACCAUCGGAUCCAAUGGGGCAUUCUUAUGCUUCCAGGAAAUGGUUACCAUCAAGAAACAUGUCAUUUUCAUUGGGAAAAGACACCCUCCGUCCUUUAGAAAAGAAUUAUUUGAAGCCGUGACAUCAAAGUGCCCUCAAAAUCAUGCCUUUAACAGUUUCUUUAAACGCGAAUUGAAGUCAGAUUUCUUUGCUGUGCAUUUUCCUGCAAUGUCUUCGACAUCAGUUGCCAGACUCACAGGGGCGGGCGAUUGCUUGGUGGGUGGGACCCUGGCAUCUUGGUGUGCUGGUUUGGAUUUCAUGCAGAGUUUAGCUGUUGGGAUUGCAGCAGCUAAAGCUGCUGUAGAAGUGGAUGCCAAUGUGCCUGCGGAGUACUCAUUAUCCAAGCUUGCAGAUGAUGCUGGGAUUAUAUACGCUGGUGCCAGACCAAUAUUUUGCCCUUCCAUGUUGUAGAUUGUAGCUCCCUAACAUUUCAUACAUGUAAAAGUCAAACUUAUUACCCUGAUAAGUAUUUUUUUGCAAAGCAAUAUGCAAAAAAAAAUAUAUAUUUAUCAUGGUA